AGGAGGAGAGACGGUGGUGGAUAGGAAAAGGAAAGGAAAGAGGGGAAAUUGGAAGGGAGAGGCGUCGGUGCAUGCGCAAGAAUUUCACACGUGAGCCCGCGAAUCCGCGAGAGGCUCACCUCGGGCGCUAGACGUCCUGGCGGUUCAGUGUCGUGCGCGAUUUCGUAUGCGGCGCUUCCCAACUUCCGGCCGUGUCGGGCUUCCACGGAGGCUCGAUCCUACGAGAGUAGCCGCGUCUACGAGAUAACUAAGAGAUAGUAUAUAUAUAUAUGUCGGAUCGAGGGGUCGGGGAGAGAUGUGCGGAUUGAUUUAUCGGUGAAUCAUGAGAGGGGAACGAAACGUCUUCCUACCUUUCUGCCGCGAACCUCGUUUCGAAGAACAGUCGUUCGUUCUCCAAACAGGAUUCGACGGCACAAACGAAUUUUGAGAACGAUCAAUUGACCAGGAUGCAGCCGGAUUUCAUUGACGACGAUGGCACCAUCGGCCCGGUCACGACGCGAAUAAAAUAUCGAACGACCGGUCCGUCGUCGAGAUUCGGUUGAGAUAAAAAAGGGGGAAGAGUGCGGCGUGGCGCGCGCACAGGCUCGGGGAGGGAAAAGAAAAAAAAAAAAAGGAAAGGGAAAAAAGACGAGACGGAAAAGCGUGGAUAUAAUUAAAAUCGGUGUAACAGGCGUGGAUUGGAGACUCGUGGAAAUAAAUUUCCCGACGGAUUAAACCUUUCCUAAUUUUGCCUGAAGCUAGGGUAAAUUUUCCCGUCGACGAAGGAGAACGAAGUGGUGAUUUUACUCCGACUUUCCGCGCGUGCUUCCGAUCGAAUUAGCCGCUAAUUGGUUUUUUCUCGUUGAACGCACGAUACAGAACGGAUAGAAUGAGGACCUGUCGGGACGCAGCGGGGAAAUUCGAGAAUCGCGGCGAGCCACCGAAAUCGAUUACGACUUUGCGCGAAGUUGUCUCGAAGAUCGAUAACGUGGUGGUUGAUCGUCGGCCGUUACGCGUCGGCCGUUCGCCGUUAUCAUCGUGCACACAUCGCGGCCGCGGCCAGGAGCGAGCGGCCCGAUUCCGGUAAUCGUGCCACCAGUUGUUUCGUUGAUGGCCCGCCAAUAAAACCGUUGGACAACCGUUUCGUGCCCUAUCCUGUGUAUGUGCUACGCGCUGGAAUGAUCCCCUCGUAAUGACUCGUAAUUACGGGAAGGAGGAGCGAACGUCGUGCUGGAACGAUUUAAGGAACACCUAGCGCCACCCCUCCCCUCCCUCCUCCUCCGCCUAUAAUGAUUAGGUGCACGCGACUUCGAGGAUUGCCCGGUUGAAGUGUGGUGAGUCCAAGGAUAAGGGAUCGUGGACGUGUCCGAGCAACGGAAACGUCGAGUUUCGGCUGCAGCCUAGAUAAGAUUAUCGCCCGGAUCCCGAGCACCCCCCCGGCCGGAGUGGCCAAAUCAAUCGGAGAUCCAUCAAGGGGGACCGAACGACGACAUUCGAUCGACGCGGGCGGACACGCAAUAUGGACACGUCGCCGACGUUGAGUAUCGGUGGCUCGAGGGCGAGGGCAGCGCUUCUGACCACGAGCGGUACCGGAACCGGAAGCACCGAUAGACGCGUCGUCUUUUUAGCGAGUCAACCGGCGGUUGGGGCUGGCCACGAGACCAAGACUUGGCCCCACCAUUGGUCACCGCACGCGACCGGUAACAGUUACAAAUCGCCCGAGGAGUCGCCGCAUUCGGAGCACAGCAGAUUGAGGAUGUCUCGAGGACAGGGUUGGUCGGACGAGCCGUGCGCGUCGUCGAGCGGCGGUCGAAGCGGGCGACAAUCCGCGGGGCCAUCGGCGAGGACGACGCCUCCAAUCCUCGAGGACCGGUCUUCCGCCGCCUCGAUCUGUAAAGGCGGAUUCAGAUUAGGCGUUUACGGUUGGAGGAAAAAGUGUUUGUACUCUCUGGUGCUCGCCCUGAUGCUGAUCGUGAUCCUGAACCUGGCGCUCACCGUGUGGCUGCUCAAAGUCAUGGGAUUCAGUUCGGAGGGAAUCGGCUCCCUGAAGGUGGUGCCCGGAGGGAUCGAGCUCAGAGGUCAGGCCGCCGUCCUGGAUGCCCUGGUGGCCUCCAGCCUCAGAUCCAGACGGGGAAAGAAUCUGGUUCUCGAGUCGUGGAACAACUUCACCGCGUCGGCCAGGUCGCACGAUGGCCGAUUGCUCGCCCGAUUCACAGUUGGCGAGGAUCGUGUGGACUGCGUGUCGAGAGGCUUCCGGAUAACCGACCCUCAAGGAGGAAUUCUCUUCUCGGUGGACAGGGAGCAGGUGGUGGUCGGGGCGGAGAUGUUGAAGGUGACCGGCGACGGGGGUGCCGUUUUCCAGGGCAGCGUUCAAACGCCUCUGGUCAGAGGGGAAUCCGGCCGUGGCCUCAGAUUGGAAUCAGCGACCAGAUCCCUAAAGAUCAGCGCCCCUCAACAAGUGGCAAUCGAGUCCUGGGCGAACGAGAUCUCGGCUUCCUGUCUAACGGAUCUGAAACUCGAGAGCGUGCACGGGGCGAUCAAGCUGGAGGCGAAGACUCUGUUCAUGAAGGGGUUGAAGACGGCCAGCCCAACGAGCCAAGGCCACACGUCCAGGGAGCAGCAGCAGCAGCAGCAGCAGCAUUCCCCGAGAACAGGGUCCUCUCCUCACCAGAGUCAAAGAGACACGACCAUCUAUCAGUUGUGUGCCUGUGCUAACGGGAAACUGUUCCUCGCCAGAUCCGAGGGCACGUGCCAAGCGGACAAAUCGAUUUGCUAAUACCUAGAACCACGAUCUAGAAAUCUACUGCCAUCACCAUCACUGCUAUUACUACUACUACUACCACUACUACUAUGCCUCGAAAAAUGGACGAUAGAGGACGGGAUCCACUUCGCAAUCGGCCACGCGGUGGUCGAGAACGGUGGUGGGGUCGAAAUUUGCCGAGAAUUUGUGGAAAAUCGACGGCAGAUGGCGAUGUCCGAGCCUCGAGAUCGGCCUUCCCGCUUUCUCGCGCCCUGUGUCUCGAAAUUUUAGAAAUACGGCGCGUGGACGCUUGCACUCGUCGCGUUUUAGGACUCGUCGUGUUGUUUCGCUGUUUUUUUUUAUCCCGCUAUGGAUCCCGUGAAUGGACGAGGCGCCUCGCGAGGAGACAAGAUCGUAUAUGAUACGACGGGAAAAAAAGGAAGAAAAAAGUAAGAGGAGCCGAUUCGACUCGACUCGAUGUCCCAGUUGAAUCGAUCGAGCGAAUGUAUAUCUUGUAUAUUAAAACUGAUUAUCAGAUAGGCGAGCGGCUGAUAAUCUCGUCAUCUCGUUCCUGUCUCUGCCCCCUGUCGUUAGAUCGAGCCUCUCCCCUCCCCUCCGGCCAAGUCUCUCCUGCUGGUUUCUUUGCGCAAACGUUCGCGUGGCCAGUCGAUAGGCAACGAUUUGCAGUUCCUUUUUUCAGCCUGAUCGGACGAUGGAUGAGAAAAAUCUGGAGUGAGAGAGAGAGAGAAAGAGAAAGAUGUAUGGAAAAGGAUGUAUCUUGCUGCGAUUAAGAUUAUGUAAUAGUUCAUAGUGCGCGUGUGUGCAUGUGUGUUUUUCGCCCGAUUCUGGACACGAUUUAUAGAGAGAGAGAGAGAGACACGUCGCGAUUAGAGGAACGUUUUUAUUUUGGAGCGCGUUUUCGCUCGUAAAAAUGGGAUGCGCAAGUGUAGUUCACUGUAAAAGGAUCCGGUUGCGUGAUCCAGCUUGCACACGCUGUACAUCGGCCAUGUCCAUCUAUUUAUGUAUGUGGCAAUAAAGUCGUUAUUGUUACUAUUAUUAUUAAA